AUGAUGAAGUGGAUUGCUGUUCAUAAUUUGCAUGGUCUCCAACUUCAGUCUGUUGCCUUGAGCGAUACUGUCCUUUUGAUUGCGCAUGUGUCUGACUCUGAUAGUUACUCUGCUCUCCAGCAUUGCUGUUAUCGUGAACUGGAUAAUCAUAUGGACGAGUAUGUCGUCCUAGUAUCGGGGACUUUGCUGUUGCCCCUGUCCCUGUCCCUGUCCGAAUCCAAGUUCAUCUCCAGCUCUGAUUCUCGUUCCAGUUCUAAUUCUCUUUCACGUUCCUUCUUUUCGAGAUUGCGGGAUGAAGGAGGAGAUAUGAAGGAUGAUGACGAUGAUAGUGAAGAAGCCGAAGGGAUAUCGUUUCUAGACUUCUUCUUGAUAUCAACCAUAGUCUCUGUUAUCUCUGCUGCUGCCUCUAUCCCUGUCCCUGCCUCCAGUUCCGAUGAGACUGUUAACCCUGAAUGGUUCGGAGAGGCAGUCGUAACAUGUGCGGAAUCGUAUCUGGAGGAGAAAACAGAGUUGGAGGGGCUGAGUUCGUUGAAGAGGACAAUGGGCACAAAGGCCAUUCGUUGUAGCAUUGGAUCAGAUGAGACUGAGACUGACUGA